UUAAACUCUCGUCCUUCUCAGUGAUGGCGGCUUCGUUUCGUUCGCUCCCUGCAAACUGUAACAACAAAUGGUACUACACACGGCAACAGAUCGACAACAGCCCAUCCCGGAGAGCUGGACUUGAUCCGGACAAAGAACUGUCGUACCGACAACAGGCAGCGAACCUGCUCCAGGACAUGGGACAGCGGCUCAAUGUGUCCCAACUUACUAUUAAUACAGCCAUUGUGUACAUGCAUCGAUUCUACAUGGUCCAGUCAUUCACCAGAUUUCACAGAAAUGUUAUCUCUCCUGCUGCGCUCUUUCUGGCUGCAAAGGUUGAGGAGCAGCCAAGGAAACUGGAACAUGUCAUUAAGGUGGCCCAUGCGUGUCUCAAUCCUCAGGAGCCUUCGCCGGAUGUACGCAGUGAUGCCUACCUGCAACAAGCCCAAGACCUGGUCAUUCUUGAGAGCAUAAUACUCCAGACCUUGGCGUUUGAGAUCACCAUUGACCAUCCACACACUCAUGUUGUCAAGUGCACACAGCUGGUCAGAGUUGUUCCAGCGAGUAAGGAUUUGGCUCAAACGUCAUACUUUAUGGCCACAAACAGUCUGCACUUGACCACAUUCUGCCUGCAGUACAGUCCGCCCGUCGUGGCCUGUGUGUGCAUCCAUCUCGCCUGUAAAUGGUCCAACUGGGAGAUCCCUGUGUCGACAGACGGCAAACACUGGUGGGAGUACGUAGACCCCACAGUCACCCUGGAGCUGCUGGAUGAGCUCACACAUGAGUUUCUGCAGAUUCUAGAGAAAACACCCAGCAGGUUGAAGCGGAUCCGCAACUGGAAGGCUGGAGGUCAGACACCAAAAGCCAAGCCCAAAGUCCAGGAGGAGGGUGACCAGAGGGAUACCAUGAUGAGCAUGAUCUCCAUGGCCUCUUCAGAGAGCACUGUGGCAGGCCUCAUGAGCCUCUCAGCUCCUCCCUCUGCCUCUUCUUCCUCUUCUGGAGGCGACAAAGACCGGGGUGCAUCUGGUAGCGCUCAGACCUGGAGCGGGAAGGGUCAGCAGGCUGGAUCCGAGGCGCAGCCACAGCAGCAGCCUAACAACGAAGUCCAUGCCCCGGCUAAGGUGUCGCUGAGUGAGUACCGCGCCAAGAACGCUGACGUCCUCGCUGCUCAGAAGAGGAAGUUGGAGAACAUGGAGGCCAGCGUGAAGAGGGACUAUGCCAACGCUGCUCAGGCUCUCAUUGGUCAGCAGCAGAGGAAGGAGAAGCAGCAUCAUCACCAGCAGUCCAGCUCCUCUUCUGCUGACGCGUCUAACCCUUCACCCAUUAUUUUAAAAAUCCCCUUAGACAAAGAGAGGCAUGGAGACAGGAGUUCUCUGAAAAUGCGUUUUCCCAUCACUGGUGGAGGAAGCAGCGGGCACAGCCACAGCGCCACCUCCCGCGGACAGGACCAGGACAUUAAAGUGAGGAUACGAGUGCCUGAGAAGCAGAGGGGGAGCUCAGGAGAGGAGGGCAAGAGCAGGGACAAGCACAGGGAACGCUCAAACCACCACCACCAUCAUCACCACCACCACCACCAUCAUUCCUCCUCCAGCAGUGCCUCCCUCUCCUCCUCACACAAACACUCAUCAAGCUCCAGUGGGACAACUGGGAGCAGCAAAAAAGUCCCCAGCGACUCCUCCAGAACUGGAUCUUCAUCUUCAUCCGCUUCGCGAAAGAGGACGCACUCCCAAGACCCCACGGCGGGCUCUCACCCUGCUGCUAAAGUCAGCAAGUCCUCCAGGAACCCCUACCAGCUGCCAUCCCUGUCUUCCUCCUCUGGGCAAACUCUGGGGCACGGUGGUGACAUUCUCCCCACGCUGAGCCUCCCACACCACCAGGGAAGCUAUUCCCACUCCAAAGGGGACAAGACGGACACAAACGGGCACGGAGCAGCGGCAGGGACGCAGUCAAAUGAGUACCAGGAUACCUUUGAAAUGUUGAACUCACUUCUGAGCGCACAGGGGGUCCAGCCCUCCCAGCCGUCCAUGUUUGACUACAGAUCCCAGUACGGGGACUACAGGUACAGUGGAGGCUCAAGAGGAAGCAACUCCAGACCUCCGCCGCUGCCUUCAGAACCUCCUCCCCCACUGCCGCCAUUACCCAAAUGAUUUCCUGAGCAGGACACGUAUUCACAUCGUACUUGACACCCAUCUUGUUACAUAGAGUAUUGUAUAAAUUCUCACCCAGCAUUUUUUUACAGCAGAGAAAUGUACUCGAGUUUUUUUCCCUUUUACGGUUCACACAUGGGGCAAUAAUAAGACGCUUUAAAAGCUUGGAAAGUGUGAUUAAAAAAAGGCAGAAGUGUAAAAUUUUUCCCUUUGUUUUAACUGAAAUGAAAUGUGAUGAUGGGACAUGGUUUUACUGUUAAAAGAAGUCAUCACCUUGAAAUCAUGAGGAUUCUAAAAGAUUUACAUAAAAAUGUUAGGUCUUCUUACUGGUUGUCUUUUAUAAUGUUUUUAUAGUAUGUUAUUUAUUAAUUGAAUGCUUUUAACAAAAACAUAGUGUCCUUUUCUACCUUUUUAAGGUUUUCCCUCUUUAUUUUUGGGCAGAGGGAAAUUUCUUCAUCAAGACUGUACAGGCUAGAUUGAGAGUGCAUGUCUCCAAAGCCAUCUUUUCAAUAUUUUUCUCCUUUUUUGAUACUUUCUUUUUCUUUGAAACACCAUAAACUUAAAAAGAAAAGAGUGGCUCGCCCCAGCCUCGGUGUUGAAAUAUUUUAUUUUCUGCAUUCUUUGGUAAAAAUUGUAAAAAGAUUGUAAAAUGUUUAAAAACAAACCUGAAAUAUUUUUUACAUUUUGUUAUGGGAAACAGCAAAAAAAGAGAAUUGUAAAUUAAGGAAGCUUGUACUUUUUAUGUUUUUAGAUUUUGAGUGUUGCAGUCAUUGUUUUAAAUGGUUGUAAAAUAUUCAUAUACGACUCUUUAAUCAUUACACUAAUGGAUGAAGUUCACACCAAGGAUAAAAGACUAUGGUUUAUCAAAGAGUUCAGACAUAUCUAUUCAAUAUGGUCACAAUGAAGGAACAGUCAGAGAAGAAUCACUGUAGAGAAUCCAAGUUUUAAAACUGUAAUAUCCCUGAUCCUUAUUUAUUAGAUUUCUCUGGGGUAGAGCCUUUUUGAUAGAGAUGCACCAACUUUAAAAAUCAGGGCCGAUACCUUUGCUUAAAAUAACAAUCAAGCAUUGUUAA